AUGUCAUGCUGCUCACGCCCGGUCCUGUUUCUGGUGUUGGCCUGGGCAAUGGUGUGUCAAAGCUACAGGUUCGUGGAGCUGCAGGACAUUCUUACCAACGGAGCUGUGGCAUGGGAGCCCUUCUCCAUGGCAGGCAUUCAAUACCUUCUAGUGACCAAUCAUUUCACCGACAGCAAGAUCUACAAGUGGGACGAUGCGCACAGCACCUUCUUGGAGAUCCAGCGCAUUCCCACGAAACGACCUUACGGUUCGACAGCCUUUUACAUGGAUGGCAUUCAGCACCUGGUGGUGGCCAACCACUACGACGGCAGUUCCUACAACACUGACUCCAAGAUCUACAGGUGGGACAAUGUCAGAAGCACUUUUUUGGAGAUGCAGAGCAUUCCCACAAAAGGGGCUUUCGAUUGGGCAGCCUUCUCUAUUGACGGCAUUCAGCACCUCGCAGUGGCCAAUUUCUAUGACGGCAGUUCCAACAACAUUAACUCCAAGGUUUACAGAUGGGACGAUGCCAACAGCACUUUCUUGGAGAUGCAGAGCAUUCCUACACAAGGCGCUCUCGGAUUGGCAGCCUUCGCCAUGGACGGCAUUCAGCACCUCGCAGUGACCAACCACCACGACGGCAGUUCCUACAACCUUAACUCAGUUGUCUACAAGUGGGACAAUGCUAGCAGCACCUUCUUGGAGAUGCAGAGCAUUCCCGCAAAAGGCGCUCGCGGUUGGGCGGCCUUUUCCAUGGACGGCAUUCAGCAUCUCGCUGUGGCCAAUAUGGUGGACAGCACUGGCUCUCUGAGGCAUUGUCCUGGUGUCCCAUGCACAGGCGAUUGUGAACCAAGCGGCAGCUCUAGAGCUUCCAAUAUUCAAUGUGUUCGUCGCUGUGAACUUGUCAGAGAAGGACGUCGAAGGACUGAAUGCCUUCCGCAUCCCUCUCAACAUGGGGCUCCGCGUCGUGGAAGACAUUCCAGAGCUCGUCAUCGGCUUCGUGGACUUAGUGUACUUCGGUGGAUCCUGGUACGCGUGGUUUGGAAUCUUAAUGUCCAUGGCGAUGCUGGUCUUCGACUUGCUUCUGAGCACCCUGCUACAGUGCCAACAGUCCGCAUUGAAGAUUGCACGCAAAACGGUGGACACGGAGUGACAUCAUGA